AAUCAUACGACAAAAGUUGUAGACCUCGUAAGUCGAAGAUAUGCUUCCUACCGUCUUAUCGACAGUUCCGAAAUGUUUGUUAUUUUUCAUAGCAGUCAUACUAUCACAGUAUAAAAUUGAGUGUAAAUCGUCAUUAUUGGAUGUAACAGAUCCAGAAACUUGGAAGAAGUUGGCAGAUGAAAGAUUUAAUAAAUUUGAACAAUCAUUAACUUAUUUAUUACUUAAACGACCAAAAAAUAUCAUCUUAUUUAUUGGUGAUGGUAUGAGCUUGAACACUGUUACUGGAGCAAGAUAUUUGAAAGCGGAGAAGAUGAAUCUUUUAGGUGGUGAUGUACAGCUAGAAUGGGAAAACUGGCCUGUUGCAUCACUUGUCCGUACAUUCAACUCAGACAGACUGACAACAGAUUCAGGUUCUGCGGCAACUGCUUUUAUGUCAGGUGUGAAAGGGCCUUAUGAUACUGUUGGCAUCACGGGAACAGUGAAGUGCUGUGAAUGUACUGAGUUGAAAGAAGUGGAAAGAGCGAAAUCUUCUCUCAUGUAUGCCUCUAAAGCAGGAUUUUCCACUGGAAUAGUUACAACUACGAGGGUUACUCAUGCAACACCCGCAGCAGCAUAUGCCAAUAUGUUGCAUCGAGAUUGGGAGUCGGUAGGACCGUCAAACAAGCAUGGAUUCCACUGCGUAGACGCUGCUGCACAACUAUUGACAAAUGCUUCUCACGUCAACGUCAUAAUGGGAGGAGGGGCAGCCGAAUUCUAUGGUCCGUCAGACAAUACCACUUUCAACAUGAAAGGUAAACGCUCUGAUUCACGCAACCUCCUACAAGAAUGGAAGGAUAUGCAGACCGAAAUGAAUCACAAGCAUGUUCUCUUACAUACAAACGAUGAGUUUAAACGAACCGACUGGUCUUCGGUUGACUAUGUUUUGGGUUUGUUUGCUUCGAAUCAUUUGGCUUAUCAACUGGAAAACCAAGACCAACCAAGUUUAGCAGAAAUGACAGAAGCUGCUAUCAAAGUACUUUCUCGUAAUCCAAAAGGAUUUCUUUUGUUAGUGGAAGGAGGUAGAAUUGAUCAUGGGAAUCACGACAAUCGAGCCCAAUAUGCAUUAACUGAAACUUUGGAGCUCGAAAAAGCUGUCGAGAAAGCAUUGUCACUUGUUGAUCAACAGGAAACACUACUGCUAGUAACAGCUGACCAUUCACAUGCAUAUGGAGUGGUCGGCUAUCCGACAAGGAACACAAGUGUGCUAGAUGUGGAUAAUACUGCAAAAGGAGAUGAUAAUAAAUCGUAUCUCAUAUCUUCCUAUUUCAAUGGACCAAGAGGUAUAUUGGAUGCACCUCGAUCGGAUCCGGCAACAGAAGAUAGAUUUGCAAGCAACUAUACCGCAGAAUCAUUAGUGAGACUCAGUUUUUCUACACACAGUGCUGAGGAUGUACCGAUUUAUGCUAAUGGACCUUACAGUGAACUAUUUCAUUCUUCAUUGGAUAACACAUUUAUUGCACAUGCAACCAUGUACUCGCUUUGUAUCGGACCAUACACGAAUCAGUCACAUUGUAACAAAGGAAACAAUGGAUCUCAACUCAGAGGACUUCAUCUGAAUAACUUUUAUUAUUUACUAUUUCUCAGUGUUAUUUUGUACACUUUCAUACAUUAGUGCAUAUUUUGUGGUAUUUUGUUCAAAUUAUUAAUUUCAUGUGUUUCAUGUAAGCAUUUUUGUUAUUUGUAAUAUUUAUCAGGUUAGAUUAGAUAAGGAUUCAUUAGAUGAUUUAUGGAUAUACAAACAUGUAUUUUGUGAAUGAGUUUGUCAUUCGUAUGCAGUUCAUAUUCUGUUUAUCUGUUUUUGAUAUUCAUAUUUAUAUAAGAAUCUGUCAAAGUGAAAAUCGAAAUUGUUAUCAUCACUUAAAUUACAGUGUCAGACCUUCAAAAUCAAUACAGACAUUCAUUGUAGUAUCGUUGAUAUACUAGAAUUUCGACUCCUUCCCACACUUUCUAAAACAGUUCGUCAAACAAUC